AUGGCGUCCAGAUCAAGAUCGCCAUCGCGCGACCGCUACCGCUCCCGGCCGCCGUCGGGACUACGAUUCGCGGCCUCCUUCGCGUUCCAGAUCGCCAACCCCGCGACGCAAUGGAAGAUUGUCGUCGAGCGCUUGACCAAGAACGUCAACGAAGGCCACUUGGAGGAGAUUUUCGGCCAAUUCGGUCCCAUCAAGGACCUCGACCUACCUAUCAAUAGAACCUACGGCACCAAUCGAGGCACUGCCUACAUCCUCUAUGAUCACGAAGCCGACGCCGAAGAUGCCAUUGCCCAUAUGCACGAGGCGCAGGUUGAUGGCGCCGUGAUCAACGUCUCCAUUGUCCUACCCCGGCGCAAACUCUCCCCGCCGCCUCCGAUGGCUCGCCGAGGCGCAGGCUACGACCCCAGACCCCCUCCUCUUGGCGCGAGAGGCGGCGGCAGGCAGUCGGGCGCACCUUAUACCGGUGCCUCGGGCCCCGGAUCCUUUGGCCUGAACGGUCCCCGCCGUGGUGCUUCACCCCCUCCCGGUCGCCGUGGACCCAGAUCAGAUACCUACCGGCCACGAUCGCUGUCUCGCUCGCCUUCCAAGUCACCCAUGGCCGCACCCCCGUCCAGAGGAGGAGGCAACGCGGCGGUGGAGGACGAGGCAGCGACUAUCGCAGAAGAAGCCCCAGCAGAGACAGCUACGAUAGCUACGACAGUCGUCGAAGCCGAUCCCCAAGCCGCAGCCGUGAUCGCGCUGUCCGUGCUGGUGGCCGUGGCUAUCGAUGAAUGGAACGAGUCGACAAGCAUGUUUCGGAAGAGGAUUGUGUAUAUGAAAUUUCACGGCGUUGGGGGAACCAGGAAAAGUCGGUUGCGCACCGAGCAGGCGGCGGGCUAG